CUAUAAAGUGAGCACGGGUGCAAGGGAGAACAAUCAGUGGUGUUCCAGAGAGAUGACAGGAGUGGGCAGCACAGCAUAAAGAGGAGAGACUAGGAUCACACACAAUAUUUCACACAGGCUGUGCAUUCUUGUAUGUGAUCACCUUAAUAAUGGAGAAAGCUGCACUGCUGCUGUUUUAUUGCCUGCUCACGUCUACAUCAGGAUCACCACUCUACCCAUCAAUUAGGUUUGGCCAGAGGGACACGUCGAUCCUAAUGACAUCAUCUCUAAAGAAUCCACUGCAGCUUGAAGACACAAGUUCUUCCCAAGAGAGAGCAGAGUUACGCUUGGCUCGCCAUGCAGACGCCAUCUUUACAAACAGUUAUAGGAAAGUGUUGGGCCAAAUCUCUGCCAGGAAGUUCCUUCAGACCAUCAUGGGCAAACGUCUCGGAGAUGAAAGUGAGAGUUUUAUGAAACGCCAGUCGGAUGUGUAUGAAGGAACAUACAAGGAAGACAUGACAUCCAUCAGCAGCAAUCAGAGACGACGGAGUGAGGCAGACACAGACUGUGCUCCUUCAACGCGUCACACCUUGUUGUCCCUGACCAAAAGAAUAUGAUCAGUUUGCUGUUUUUGUCAUUUCCAGAAGAAAACACAACAAUUGGGGUGCACAAUAAUAAUAUUUUAUGUGUGGUUUUUGUUGUUGUUUUUUUUGUAUUGACCAAAGGGAACGGAAUUGGCAUCAAGUGUUGUAAACAUUUGCUGGCCUGAUAAUAAUAUUAAAAACAUAAGACAAGGGUGUUCAAACUUGUUAUUA